AUGUCUGAACCACGGCCUUUAUCAACUGCAGAACAUGACUCAUCUGCACCGGCUAAACAGGCACCGAAAAAAGAGCCUGUAAACUAUGGCGUCGUUGGCCAGGUGUUGUACCACGUGGUGUCUUUCACUGAGGGUUACGAACAGCAGGUGUUGUACCUGUGCAUGAGGCUCUUCGAGUCAACUAUGGGCUUCACCAAGCGGCAACAGACGAUGCUGAUGACCGUGUCUAUCAUGUCGCGCUUGUGCUUCUCACUAGUUUGGGGGUUGCUGGCUGAUGCUUUUGAAACUAACCUGGUGAUGUCUGCCGGGUUAUUAUUUAUGGGCAUAGCCUCCAUCUUGCUAAGCUCCACGUCACGGUACUCGUCGAUCCUCUUCUUGCGUUUCUUACACGGUGCUGCAUUUGGUUGUAUCUACCCAGUUCAGCAAAAGAUUAUCUCGGAUGAAGAUGAUGGGCAGAGUACCGGCAGCAGCAGCACGUUCACUCGUCUUCACGCGCUGAACUGCAUUGGCCGUAUGAUCUGUGCCGCCAUUACCACGGAGGCUGCUCAAAACAUCUUGCUGGGAUUUAUCGGCUGGCGCGUGUCAUACAUUGUGUUGGGUUACGUGUGGAUUUCGGUAGGCAUCGCGAUUAUAUUUAGUUUGAAAGCUACUGAGGAACUAAUCUCUCCUUAUGAAUCCAUGAGCUACUUCAUCGAGCAAAUGUCUGGGGCAUUUAAAGCAGUUUUCACAAGUGCGACUGCAUUUCUGUGUAUAUUUACGAUGUUGAUCGCGGAGGCUCCGAUGUGUACUCUGCCGUACAUGAUCACGUACCUGGAAUACUUAGGUGUGUCAGACAUGAAGGUUGGUAUUGCGAUUUUAGUCACGACGAUUGGCGGCGCAGCAGGAACUGCGGCAGGAGGUGUAGUUAUAGACAAAAUUGCAAGUUUGCACACGGAUUAUGGUGAGCUCAUUGCCGGCAUAGUUGUGAUGGGCGUGCGACUAAUCGUCUGCAUUCUGUUCUUCGUGUCCCCUGCGCCAGAUGGACGUCUGAUGUGGUAUCACUACAUAGAGUUUGCGAUUCUAGGUGCGACACUGGUUACGGUUGGUGGCGUGGAUAGGCCUAUAAUGAGGAAAGCAAUAGAAGAAAAGUACCAGGCUACCGCAUCCGCCCUAAUCCAGUGCAUAUCGGGUAUUUCUAUAAGCGUCAGUUUCGUCGAGAUCUUCGCGUACGUGUCAGAGAAGCUGCACGGUUACGCCCCCUCGAAACAGGCAAUUGAUGACAUGGAUGCGGCGCUGAAAGAUAACAACACCGAGGCUCUGAGGAAAUCGACCAUGUACAUGAUCGUGGUAGGGUCACUGCUCAACAUUGCGUGCUAUGGUGCAUUGUUUGGCAGAUACAAGGAGGAUAAGGAGAUUGUUGAAAAGAAAAAUGAGAAGGAACGGGUUGUAAGACAGGAAAAGAAGCAGAAAAUGAUUGCAGAAAAGCAGGGCAGAAGGGAAGAAGAGCCAAUAACAGAAGAUCGUCUACAUGAAUUGGAUUUGUCAUCUAACACGCUAGGGGAACGGCCAAUCUUAGAACUGCCGCAGUAA